AUGAAUAAAUAUAAAGAUACAUUAAAAACAAAAUUUGAGUAUAAAUAUUUAUUUUACUUAGCCUCUUUUGUAUCUAUUAAUUUAGGUAUUUGCAAUGAAUAUAUAAAAAAGAAAAAGUCGGCUUAUAAAAAUGUAUCUCAUAAAAUAUACUUCCAUUUAAGUGAAAAAAAUUUUGAAAUUUUGAAUAAAAAAAGAUAUUUAGAGAGAUUUGAAAAAAUAAAUGAAUAUUUUAAUUUACCAGUGUCAAAAUUGUUAGAUGCAAGUAAUAAUUAUUAUCCAGUAGAUUAUCAUUUACAAUAUAUAAGUAAUAUUUUUGAAAAGAAAAAAGAUGAAUUAAAAAAUAUAGUGGAAAAAGAAAAAAGGAGUAUGUCUAUUGAUGAGCUAAUAAGUGAUAUUAUUAACUAUUUAGAAUCUGAAAUAAAUGGUAACAUAAAUGUGGAUAUCCAUAGGAUUAAUCAGAAUAAUAUAAAUGAUAAUAAUAAUAAUAAUAAUAAUGAUGAUGAUGAUAUUUACUUAUAUAAUAAAUGUAAUGAUGGAGGGAGCUUCUUAAAAAAUUUAAAUCUUAGUUAUUUUAAAGAUUUUUUAGUAGAGAGGAAAAAAAUAAACCUAGAUGCAUCAUCUAAUAAUAUUUCCUUAAAUGUUUUAUUUGAUGAACUGUAUGCAUAUACUUAUAUAUACUUAUUAAUAAAUUAUAAAAGGAAUAAUUUUUUUGACUUUAUAAAAAUGAAAAGAUCAUAUAGACAUUGUAGCGAGCAUGCAGGAAAAGAUAUUGGCCUAGAAGUUUCUAAUUAUAUGGGAUUAAGUAUAAAAGAUAAUAAAUUAACAAUAUUAAAAGGAGAUGAAGAAGAAAAAAAAAAAUACAUUAAUAGUAAUAAUAAUAGUAAUAAUAAUAGUAAUAAUAAUAGUAAUAGUAAUAGUAAUAAUAAUAUUAAUAUUAAUAGUGAUAGUAUUAAUAAUAUGUAUGAUAAUCAAAUAAUGGAUAACACAAAAUAUGUUUUAAAUAUAGAUACAAUAAACGAGAUACAUAAAAGCCUAUCUACAUAUGGAAUUGUUGUUUUAAAAAAUAUAUUACCAAAAGAAACUAUAAAGAGAUUAAAGAAAGAAUUGUUUGUAGAAGAAAAAGAUAUAAAUAUAUCAUCUUUUUUAUUAAAUAAAGAUCAAAAUAUAUUUUGUAUACGUCCUAGUAGAGGUAGACAAUAUUGUAUCUUAAGAAAUAGUAGGAUAAGUGAUUUGUUUGUAAAUUUACAACAAUAUUGGAUGAAUAUUGUAUAUUCUUAUUUAUCACUUGGAACAUAUGAAAAUAUAUUUAAACAAUUUGAUAAGAAGACCAUUUUUAAUUUAAAUAAUAUGAAUAAUUUAGAUAUAACAAAUGAAAAAACUGAUAAAAUAUAUUUAUCUGAAUUACAGUUAUUAAAUAAUGAACCCUUAAGUGAUACACAAACUUAUCAUGUUGAUAAUGGUUAUAAUGGAAUAUCAAUUAUUGUCCCACUUAAUAAAAUAAAUGAACAAUCAGGAAAUUUCGAAUUUUUUACAGGAACACAUUUAUUUUCCUCAUUACAAAAUAAAACUUUAAAACAUAAAAUUAAAACAUUCAAACAAUUUUUAAAAGUUUAUUAUAUAACAAAAGGAUCAUCAUUUAUACCUGAUGUAAAUGAACAAGAUUUAAUCAUAUAUGAUUCUAGAAUCUUACAUAGAGGUUUAUCAAAUAAUUUAUGGAUGAAAAAUUCCUCUUUAAUUUAUCGUUAUGAUUAUAAAAAAUAUCCACCACCAGGACAAAAUUUUAUUGAUAUCUUUUCAUACAACAUAAUUGGAAAGUGCAUAUCAUUUUUUAACUUUUUAGGAAAAUAUAUAUAA